AUGUUAACUUCGCUGCUUGGAAACUUAGCUGUAAUUGCAAUCGUGUCAAAAAACAAAAGGAUGCGGACGACAACGAAUUAUCUGAUCGCUAACAUGGCCGCUUCUGAUCUAUUAAUCUCUGCCUUCGCAGUACCACGAGAACUCGCGGAAAUUUUUGCUGGUUCAAAGAUAUGGCUUCUCGAUGGCUUAGCAGGCUCAAUAUCUUGUAAGCUGGUCUACUUUCUCCAAGACGUUUCAACGGCAGUAUCUAUACAAAGCCUGGUAGCCAUAGCAGUUGACAGAUAUCAGGGAGUCGUCUUUCCAUUCCGUCCUCCAGUUAUUACAUCCAAGGUCUGUAAGGUAAUAAUUGUGGUUAUUUGGAUGGUGGCGAUGGGUCUAAACGGAACUUAUUUCUAUACCGCGCGGCUGGUAAAGACAGGCCAAAAGUGGUCUUGCACUUUUUGCUGGGCACCGAAGUUUGAAGAGCAUACACAAGAACGAUACUUUCUUUUCGUUUCCAUCUUUUUAAUUUUCUUUCCCCUAAUUGUGAUUCUAACUUUAUAUGCACUGAUAGUUAUAGAACUAAAGAAAAAAGAUCCUACUGAAAAUGGAACAUCAAGAAUAAGGCGACAGAGGCAGAAAGAAAACAGAGCCAUUGUCAACAAGAUAUUGAUCAUUGUCUUUCUGUUCAUCUUGUGCAUUUUUCCAAUAACUAUUUUAGCACUUGUUCAUUAUUUUUUGUGGGAUGGGCGAGAUACAUGUGCAACGACAAAACUAUUUACAGCCAUGAAAUUCUUGCUUUAUUUGAAUGCUUCUUUAAACCCGUGGGUUUAUAUAAUAUUAAAUGAAAGGUAUCGGAAAGGAUUAAAAGUUUUAGUUAACUGUCGUUUACUUAAACAGCCUUACAGAAAUGAAAUAGAGAUGAAUUGAAUGUUUUGUAACCGAUAAGUUACUUAAGGUAAAUAAGUUUAAGAGACAAUUAUUCAAUAAAGUAAAUAACACCAUUAAAUAAAGUAAUAUAUUCAAGUCUUUGAAAUCUCUGCACCUCAUCGGAGAGACCUGGAUAAACAGCAGAAUAUGGCCCCCUAAGUGCUGGAGCGUGUUUAUGCUGUCAGCAAGAACAAAUAAUGACAUAGAAGGCUGGCAUCACGCCCUGAACCGAAGAGCUGCUGGCCGCUGUGGACUUCCCUUCUACUUGCUUGUGUCCCUGCUACACAACGAGGCCCGCCUGGUGUCACUGCAGAUUCGGCUUGUGUCUGAGCGCAAGCUGAAGCGGAUCCAGAGAGCCGCCUACCGCCAGUUACAAAGGCGGCUCUUUGAGCUGUGGGAGGCAUUUAACAAGAGAGAGAAAUCCCUUAAGCAAUUACUGAAAGGCUGCGCAAACAUCAAUAGACCAGUGAUCGUCUAAAGUACUUGAAGGACUAGCCUGCGAAAACAUCCGUUUCUCCUAGCGAGGAGAAACAGAUGUUUUCGCAGGCUAUUGAAGGAAUACGUAACUUGAUUUAUUUCAUCAUUAGCUACAGUUGUAUUGUAGAUAAUGUUAAGGUAUUUUUAAUAAUCAGUAUAUCGAUCUCAAACAUACAGUACAUUAGAAAUUGCAAAUCCAGUAAGUAGGUUAAGCAAAAUUGACUAGUUUAAAACUUAAAGAAAUAAUCAGUAUAUAGUAUAUUAUAUAUAUUAUAUAUAUUAUAUAUUAUUCCUUGAUUGUGUUUAAUCAAGGGGCGGGUGUCACUCGGACAACUCACAUGUCCCCUCUUGUAAUAAGUAUCAGUUAGGAUUUCCUUUAAAAUAUAUGACUGCUCUUUUCACAAACAUGCGAAUUCUGUAAGUCACUCUUUUUUUAUUUUGUGUUCGGCGGGGCUUGUGUCACUAACCUUGUCGUAUUCUUCUUAUGCUAUCGCUCUUCAAAUAGUCUUCGAUUAGUCGACGUUCAGACAUGUAGCAAAUUCGGACGUAAACAAAGAUAUUUGUCUCGUCCCACUAUCUCCACAGGACGUCCUGUCUUGUGGUUCGUUCUGCGGUUUCGAUCCUUUGUUUUAGUGAAAGCCUUAACUUAAACUAUGAAAACACACUGUUUACAACAUAAAGACUUUGUUAUUGCAUGGGUACGAAUCAUCUAAGCUUUGGGUACGAAUCAUCUUAGCGAUGGGUACGAAUCAUCUCAACUUUGGGUACGAAUCGCCUGGGUACGAAACGUCCGGUAAGCCCACAAGGCUUAGGAGACGAAAUUGCGGGAUAUGAUGCGUGGAGACUUCCGGCCGUCUUUCCUAAUUUGUAGGAGAAGAGAUAUACAAUGUUGUUCUUUUUCUGUUUAUAAAUUAUCGUAUUUAUAUGGCACUCGAUGAGACAAUGAAAACGAUUCUUAUUUACGUUUGACGUAGCAAAUAUAGAAAUAACCCGCGAUCAGGCCUCCCAAAGAAAAUGGGAAAAUCUAAGGACCGCCUGAUCGCAGGUUAAUGAAGAAAAAUCAGAUAUCGUGAGAGAGUCCGUCCCUGCCCAGGAUACCAUCCAGUACACAAAAGCAGAAUUGUUUAAUUUUUUCCUUGUUAGCAUAUACGCCUUAUCUUUUUCUAAACGACUUUUAAAAACCGUUAGCGCCGAGGGUGAAUUUAUUUGCAGCAUAUGCGUAUCGGCCAAAUGCGACUGCUAGACGCAAAUAUCGCAAAUGACUCCUCUUGUUGUAAAACAAAAAAAUACCAAGCAUGUUUGUGCUCAUUGCCCCCGCAGGGAUUUCGCCCCAGAAGGCGAAAUCCCGAGGAGGCACUCUAGUAACUCGCGCGUAUAUUCAGGAAAGUACUUACAGUUGAAAUAUACAGUCAUACAGUCAAUAUAGAAAAAAAUCUCGAUUUGCUUGAACAGGGGCCGCGAGGAAUGAUCAGGAAUCGGUAGGUAAUGAUGACGUUUCUGUUGUUUGCGCCCGCAAGCACGAAAUGGUUAGGAUGACGUAAAGACAGAACAUCCCCAAGGGACCUCUCAGGUAGAUUUUGUGACAUUUAUUGUGCAGUCAUACUUCGACACUCUUUUGCGUUACGUUCGAUCAGUGACAUUCUGUGGAGCAGUUGUUUCAGUGAAAGUUAUGGCCCAAAAUUUUAACGACACUUGUUAAGCGCAGAAGAAGUUAUAAGGUGCGUAUAACUGUGUAUAUAUAAACACUUGGAGAGUUUGCCAGACGCCAGUUCACAAAUCUUUCAUUGGAAACCUUGCCAGACACUCUUUCUCUGUCUUUGACCGGAAUAAGACUCAGCCCCAAACAAGCAAGACGAGUGAACAACGGCUAGCUUCUCACUAGCAGAACAAUGGACGAUUACAGAAAUUCGCCGACAAUCAAAUUCUGUGCUGACUUAUUCCCUGCUCACAGAUGUCCUUCCGCUAUAAAGUUUAAAAUAAGACUAGAAUGCGCGAGUGUGAACGGAUCAAACGUCCUUUUAAUUUCUAAGACUUCCUUUCCGGCAAAUAAAAUGAACUGAAUGUAAAAAGUGAAAGAGAAAUAGCGAAAAAUUCAACUGCUAAUUGAAUCUUUUCUUCUGGUUUAGAAUAAACUAUUCUCGGAACUGAGAAUGUUUUGAUCAAAGAUGUGUAAAUCGACCUGAAACUGUGCAUGGAACCUUGCGUUUCCUAUAUUUAUCUCACCUAUUGUAUGGAAUAUGAGUGAAAAUCUUCCUUAUGAAUCGGUAUAUUUCAAAGAGCUACACAACGAGCAAGAAUGCUAUUGACCGGCAAUUUAUAGAGCGGGGGCAGCUGUAGUGUCAACUAUUACUAGUUUAUCCUUUUAUGAGCCAGAUAUUUUGCAUAAACAAUGCAACCGUAUAUAACAAACAUAAAUAACCAUAUAUAGCUAGAUUAGCUGAUUUAUUAUUCAUCGUUGUCAUUUAUCGCGUGCAUUUCCACUGAACUUGAUCGUCAUAUUUAUAGGAAUCAAGCACCAUACAGAAUUACAUUUACUUUGACCCAACGAAGGAUUUACACAAUUUCGAGCAAUACUUACAAGAAAGCGAGGUUGCCAGUGUGAUAACACAGCGAGCCACACGUUCAAGCGGUUACUGAACAGACAUUUUAAUCUCUAUCAAGUGCCCCCGAAGGUACAAACGAAACUGAAUAUAUAAUGAGUCUAGCAGCACGUGGAAAUGAAAUUCAACACUGGGCGUGAAAAUGACAAUAUUAUAACACCCUUCCUUUUAUAGAGAAAUAAGAAAACAACUUAACGGAAAAAAAAAAACACGUGAAACCAAAACAAACGACUAAGCACAUACCGUAUUUAUUCGAAUAAGCGCCCAACCUCGAAUUAGCGCCCACCUCGAAUAAGCGCCCGUCCUAAAGGCAGAAAAAGUUAAUAAGCGCCCAGCCUCGAAUAAGCGCCCACCCCCUCCCCAUCCCAAUCAAACUCAAAUAAGCGCUCACCUCUACCCCACCUACUUGAGUGAAUAAAUUCUAAUAAGAGACUUCCCUGAGGACGGAGUUUUCUUCAGAGUAUUUUACAGAAACCUUGCUUUGUUACUUCUUCUCGUUUUGUUAUUAGCAUUUAUUGUUUUCUUGCGAAAUCAACAUACUAGACUUGCUGAAAAUGGUGAAAAUUUAAUAAGCGCCCAGCCUCGAAUAAGCGCCCACCUCGAAUAAGCGCCCACUCUCAAGGUACAAAAAUUUAAUAAGCGCCCAGGGCGGUUAAUCGAAUAAAUACGGUAUUAAUGAAAUUCAGUUCUUUGGAAAGAGUUCUUAGGCCUAAGUAAGCACAUAGUCCUGUAGACGCUUGGGCGACUGACGGACGCGCGUGGACCUUCUCGGUGCCUGUAAAGGAUUGGGCGACUUAGGUGCGUCCGGCACCGAAGACAACGGAUUGGGCGGCUGGUCGAAUGUUUCCAUGCGUGUACCUGGAGGUGCCUGUUUGUGUGUAUCUUCGCGUGUCUUUGUGUUUCUAUUGUGCUUGGAAUUAAAAACGAGGACAAUAUGAUCACGGAUUAAACUAUCCCGCAAACAAUCGCAAAAAUUACAUGUUUUGGCCAGAUUCCUCAACUCGGCAACAAAACUAUCAAUCGACUCCGUUGGAAGCUUGUCUCUCAUAUUAAAACAGCAUCAUUCGCAAAUUUCGUUGACUUCGCCGAUGCAAUGCUUCUCCAUUUUUCCCAUUACAAUGCGCCAAUCACUCGAGUUCACCCCCUCGGCGUAGUUGAAUGUUUUGAUGACUUUCAACGCAUCAUCUCCGAUCGUAUGUUUGAACAUCGCCAAUUGAAACUUCGGGGUUUCCCGAUCCAAACGAGAAAUGACAAAAUAAUUGUUAUAUUUCUCCUUCCAGAAGCUUCCAGUUUUCGGCAAUUUCUCCACUAUGUUUCAAGUCAAGGUACUUCGGCGGAGUAAUCUGAUGAAAAGUCGACGAUGGCGGCGCUACUGCACCAGACUGUCCAUUGGAGGUAUCACCACCGGGCAUGCUGUAUAACGUAGACGGUUAAAAAAAAACAAAAAAAACAAAAAAAACGAAGCAGAAGCGGCCACCGCUGCCACCAUGUGAUAACGCAGCGAGCCACACGUUCAAGCGGUUACUGAACAGACAUUUUAAUCUCUAUCAAGUGCCCCCGAAGGUACAAACGAAACUGAAUAUAUAAUGAGUCUAGUUCAACACAGAGCGUGAAAAUUACAAUAUUAUAACAGGCAGCAACUACAAACAUUUUGAGAGUACGAGCAAGCGAGCACUCGUUUAAAUUUUGCGAGCAAAUCGAGCAAAGGUAAAAUUUUGCGAGCGGUUAAAAAUUUUAAUGGACCAUUCAUCACCCCUGUUAUUUGAACCAAGUCCAAACGUGAAAACGCACGUUUAUUUAUCUUACUCAGUCCCAAGUAUAUGACUAUGAUUACCGAUUCAACAAGCCGCAACAUCGAAAUAAAAAGUUAAAUCAAGCUGUGUAGUGUGAACAAGCUAAUUUUGUGGUAAGUACUAUGUAUGUUAAUGAAAACUCCCUCCUCCGUUAGUAUGAGCGCCGCUCAAGUCACAAGUCUACACAAAGAACGCUUUAACUUUAUUUAUUAUUUGUCAUCUUGCUAAGUUAGAUGAAAGUACGCAAACGGAGCAACUUCAGAAUACCCGGACACAUUAUAUACAUAAACUAGUUUAUAGAGUUAGAAGAUUUAACAAGUCGCAAAAUCGACGUAGAAAUUGAACCGACUGUCAAGUGAGGCCGAAGCUAAUUUCGUAUAUAAGUUAAUGAAAAGUCUAACGUUCUUUAGCUUAAGCGCCGCUCGCGCUUUACAAGUCUACACAAAGACCGUAAACAGUGGUUUCUUUAGUGCGCUGCUCGCGCUUUACAAGGCUACACAAAGACCGUAAACGGUGGUUAAUUUCAUUUUUAUACACAUCUUAAUGUUCAGUUUUACAAUCACACGUUUCUUAAAUCAUUUUAAGCAAAAUAUCAGGUGGUGUGAUAUUUGUAUAUUUAAUGUAAGAAAUAAAGAUGUUGUUGUUAAAAAAAAAACAAAAAACAAAAAAAAAAAACAAUUAAGAUUUAAAGCUUCAACAUAUGAAUAGUAAGCGAACUGACAUAUAAGACGUAGGCGAAUCGACUCCAGUCGUAGACACUUAUGUGCCCUAUAAUAUCUAACCUAUAGACACAUACAUGUUCAACCUCAAUCAUCCCCAAAAUAGCCUGGAAGCUUUACCUUUUCAUGACCUGGAUGACAGAGAAUUUCAGAUUCUAGAUGGAUCCUGUCACUUGCAGAUAGAUAAUUUAAAAGAUUUAGAUUUAUAUAAUUUGCUACCCAACCCUGAUAAAUCUGAUGAUGCUGACCCUGAUCAUAUAUUAAUUAACCCUCAAUCUGAUUACUAUGAUAUUUCUGGUUUGAAUAAGGUUCUAAGUAAAUCAGGAGCAAAAUCCUUCUCAUUUCUUCACUGUAAUAUUAGAAGCCUGUCAAAAAAUAUUGGCUUGCUUGAAGAUAUGCUGUAUCCUUUAAGUGAACAACUUGAUGUAUUAGGAGUUUCUGAAACCAGGCUAAAUGCAAAUACCACUUUUAAUACUGAGUUGAUUAACUAUAGCAUCUACCAAGCUGAUUCUCCCACCCCAACGGGAGGGGUUGCUCUUUAUGUCAGUAAAGCUUUAACAUCAUUUCCAAGGUCAGAUAUAACUUUGGAUAUGCCCCUUGUGGAAUCUGUUUGGGUUGAAAUAGCUACUCCCAAAAACCAAAAACCCAUCUUGGUUGGCUGUAUCUACAAACAUCCAGGUGCGAAUAUUGAUGAAUUUAAUGGGAAACUUGACGAAACAAUGAAGCUAUUUAACCGAAACAAGUGCCAAUUGUAUAUCCUUGGUGAUAUGAAGAUAGACUUUUUUAAAUGCGAUAGUCAUCCACCUACAAAGGCUUACCUUGACAUGCUAUAUUCCAAUAAUUUAUUACCAAUUAUUACUAAACCAACACGUCUGACCUAUCAUUCAGCUACAUUAAUUGAUCAUAUCUAUGCCAACAGUACAUCCAAAAUUGUCUCUGGGAUUGUAAUGGUGGAUAUCUCUGAUCACCUCCCAGUUGUCUGUGUUACAAAUAUACCAGUUAAGAAACACAACCCUAUUAAGUAUUAUCGAGAUUACAGCAAUUUUGAUCAAGAAUCUUACUUAGAGGAUAUCAAUGCAGUCAACUGGAAUGCUAUCUAUAGAAAUGAUCUGCAUGAGACAGCUACUAAAAUAACUGACCUGAUUAAAUCAAUUGCAGAUAAACAUGCACCAAUUAGGCAAUUGUCCCAAAAGAAACAGAAAUUGUGUACUAAGCCGUGGAUAACUAAUGGUAUUCUUAAAUCAAUCAAAACUAAGCAUAAAUUAUACAAAACACACUUUCUUUCUAACAAUCCAAUUAAGGUGACGGAAUAUAAAAAGUAUGCUAACAAACUGAAUUGGCUUAAGAACAUUUGCACAAAGAACUACUUUUCAAAACACUUUGACCUAUGUAAAAACAACCUGAAGGCAUCUUGGAAAUUGAUUGGUAUGCUAGUUAAGCGCAACUCAAAGGGACAAACCCCCAUCUCGAAAAUUAAACGUAAUAAUAGAGCUUACACUAAUAAGGCUGAGAUUGCCGAUCACUUUAAUAAGCAUUUUGUCAAUGUGGGUCAAAACCUGGCCAAAAGAAUUGAAAAUUGUGAUGGAAGUCCGACCCAAUUCAUAAGAUCGACUCCAGUAGCUAGCUUCGUUAUGUCCUGUGUUACUGAAACCCAAGUAUGUUCACUAUUUAAAGGUUUAAAUGAUCAUAAGUCAUCCUCAGAUAUUCCUAAUAAAUUAAUUAAAAUAGCUGCCCAGCCAUUGUCAAUACCUUUAACAUUUAUCUAUACCCAGUCUAUUGAAACUGGAAUUGUUCCUGAUAUUUUAAAAGUCUCACAAAUUUCCCCAGUGUAUAAGGGUGGUGAUGCUACGGACCCUAGCAACUAUCGGCCCAUAGCUACUCUUUCACCUUUUAGUAAAGUGCUCGAGCGUCUAGUCUAUAAUCAGUUAUAUUCGUUCAUAGAUAAACAUCAAAUCUUGUACAAAUAUCAGUUUGGAUUUGGGAAAGGAUAUUCCACUGAACAAGCUAUUCUUGAAAUUACUGACAAUCUGAAGCUAGCUACUGACGAAGGUCAAAUAACAUGUGGUUUAUUUCUCGAACUAUCAAAGGCAUUUGACACAGUAAAUCAUAAAAUACUGCUCUCUAAACUAUAUCUGUAUGGAAUUCGGGGUGCACCACAUAACUGGUUUGAACGUCAUUUGCACAAUCGAAGACAAUAUGUUAAAAACUGACUCUACUAAAUCUAGCUAUGAAAAUAUUACCUGCGGUAUACCACAAGGCUCGACUCUACGUCCUCUUUUAUUUUUGCUCUAUGUGAACGACUUACCAAACUGUGUCGACAAACUUUCGGUGCGGAGCUUUGCUGGUGACACCAAUUUAUUUUAUUCUAGUGACAACUUAAAACAGCUUGAAUCCGUAAUGAAUCAAGAGCUUAAACAACUUUAUAACUACUGUGCUCUAAAUAAGUUAUCUAUUAACACUGCAAAGACUAAUUACAUGUUAGUCUCAUCAUCUAGGUGCCACCCAACGAUAAAUAUCACUGGUAUUGAACAGAAAGAUUACAUAAAGUACUUGGGAGUUUAUAUAGAUAAACAUCUCAACUGGCAACCACAGAUACAACAUGUAAAUAAUAAAUUAGCUAAAAAUUUAGGAAUCCUUUCAAAACUAAGAUAUGACAUAGAUCUGAAUAUACUGAAACAAAUUUAUUAUGCUUUAAUAUAUCCCUAUUUGAGUUACGGUAUUCUUGCUUGGGGCUGUGCCAGCAAAACCAGAUUAGAUUGUCUUCGUAUUAAGCAUAACAAAUGUCUCCGCACCAUCUUCUUUGUACAUCCUAGAGAGAGUGCUGCUCCCUAUUUCAAACUUCUAACAAUCCUCAAAUUAGAUAAUAUAUAUAAAUUAAAAAUAUGUUGCUUUAUACAUAGAUAUUUUCCUUGAUAUCCUGACUCCAGCAUCGCGUAUACACAAUCAUAAUAUAAGAUUUGUCAGUAAUCUGAACUGUUUUAGGCCAAGAGUAUCCACCAACUUAGGUAAGACUCCCUUUAAAUUCUCCGCUCCUAAAAUCUGGGAGACUGUACCGCCUGGUCUCAAGUGCCUGCCAUAUCAUAAGUUUAAGAAAGAAUGGAAUCCCUGUCUUCUAAGCAACCAAAUCUGACCUUGCUUGUAUCUUCUAUCACUGAUAUUAUUUGAGAAUUAAUUCCUCUCUUUACUGCUGCCAAUUAUUUCAACAUGACGGUGUCCAACAAGGAAGCUUUUGCUACUUUGGACACCGUACACAAAUGAACUUAAUGUCUUUUAGUUAAUUAUUAUUUGUCAGCUACUUUAUUUUCCUACCUACAUACACUUAUGUAAAUAUCUUACGUGGUGUGAAUAAAGAAUUGAAUUGAAUUGAACUGACCGUAGGCGAAACGACCGGAUACCGCAAAUUCAAACACACAGCACUAUGUAAAAAUGCUUUGUACUACGACAACAAAACCACCAUCAACAAGCAAAUUUUAUGAAGAUUUCAAAAAAUUUUUUUUUCAAACAUCAAAAAAAUGACACACACCUUUCUAUCUUCAAAUGUUUUGCGCCUUGUCAGGUAGAUCUUUGAGCUGAAACACUCCCGUUUUCAGCCGUUUUACCCCUAGAGAACACGCAAACUUCACGAGUUGCCAUUUUUUUCACACUCAUGUGCUUCCUCAUCAUUCAAAGGCGCAGCUCCUAAGGUACUGUGAGACAAGGUCAUUUCUAGGCGUAGCAAAGAGCUGAAAAGCGACCCUGAUUCGUGUCCCUUGGUUUGGGCGCCAUGUUGAAAAUUUGGGUGACGUCAUCAUAUAUCCAGUUCUGGUUGUGGCCCGGACUGGUCAACGCAAAUUAACAUCUAUUGUCGCCUGCGUUGCUGGUACAACGCGCUCCGUAGACGCGAGCUGCAGUGAUGUUAUUACAGUCCCUCUAUUUUUCUGGCCCCCCCUCCCCCUGGAGCUAUAAUCCCAGACGCGCUAUAUCUCGACAAGAGAGGAUAAAGGGGCUCUCUUUAUCUCGACGAUCUCACGAAAAAAUAGGGGACUUUGAACAGUCUAACGAAAUCUAUUGCUUCUGAUGACGUUCACCUGAACAGACCUUUCCACGGUUUUUUUCAACUUUUGACAUAGAAAAGUUAGGGUAAAUCCGUCGACACCACUGGAAAAAGUGCCCUAAAAUCAGUAAAACUGCCAAAAUUGAAAGUGAUUAUACGUCUUAAGCGAGCGAAGAUAGAGCUCCGCAAAGUUACGAAAAUUUACAGACGUUUGUUUGUUGGGGGGCAAGUGUUUGCCCCCCACCAUACCAGGCCUGCCACCAUAAAAAUAGCCUGUGUGGCAGGCGUUAAAAGGGGAAGGGGGAAUUUGGGCGCGCGUGGUCUCGCGUCCUAAUUCCCUACCCCUUCCCUUUCAAACGCCUGCCACGCAGGCCACCAUACAAACGUCUGUAAUAUUUCGUGAAUUUGAGGCCGCUGUAUCUUCGCUCGCUUAAGACGAAUCACUAUCAAAUUUGGCAAUUUUACUAAUUUUAGGGCGCUCUUUCCAGUGGUAUCAACGGAUUUUGCCGAACUUGUCUAUGUCAAAAGUUGACAAAAAACAGUGGAAAGGUCUAUCAGAAGGGGGCAAUAUAAGCUCUAUCGUAGUCUCAGAGAAGGAGAACUUAAGACUAUGCUACCUUUUGUUAGUGGUGACACUCAGUAGCGUUUCUAUGUUGUUCUACACGUAUGUUUGCAUCUCUGGCCAUCAGUUCCUUUGCUAUAUUAGGUUUGCUAAGCCUUGAUUGCAUUUGCGUUGGUUUAUUUGCUUAGUUUAUGUCCCUUUACUUUUAGUGACGACAUGACCGUGACUGAAUAUUAUAAGAUUGCGAACUCAUUAGCUUCAAGAAUCAAUGGUGUCGGUCUUCAUUUAUGCUUUCUAUAGUAGUCACUGCGUAUUCAUUUGCGCACGACAUUGACUGUACACAGUGAUUUCUAGAUUCCGGUAGGACCCUUUUGUUUAACAAACGAUUACCAUAUUUUUUUGGACGUGUAACGAAUAGCUUUGGCCCCAACUUUUCCUGAAGAGAUGUUAAUGAGUGAUUUUUAUAACUGGAUUCAAAACGUGACGCUUGUGGCCAUUAACCCCAAUUAAAAAACAGUUUAUAUUCUUUCUUGUGUCAUCUCUUUCGCAAAGCAGUAAACCGACAUGCAGAGCUAUCGAUCGAUUCUUGGACUCAGAUUGAAAAGCCUCGCAAUAAAAAUUGAAUUCGGCUGACAGCUGUUUUAAGAAAGGGAUCGUCUACAGAGGAGGACAUAUUCUACAUAUUUUAUACGAGGUCAAGUCAUAUACUAUAAAUAAUGUCGGUUACUUUGGUCUGAAGUAGUCGUUUUUCAAGACGUCAGGAAGUGCCAUCGCAGCCGUCUCCUCGUCCUAACCCCUUCAACAGGGCUGCCCGGCCGCCUCUUAGGGGAGGGGGUGGGGUGAGGAGACGGCUAGCCCUUUAGACUAUUUAAAACCAAAUCAACAUAGUAAGGCGGAAGUAAAAGGUGAUGUCAGACUUACUAUGUGUUAAAAGUUUUAAAAUGAAGAAUUACGUGAAAAAGGGUUUCGUCUCCUCCUGUUGGUAACUAAAUUUUGAAAAUGGAAUACGCAGAACCUUCAGUAUUCCAGGGAUUUUAUCCUACUUUAUUCUACUCCUAAGGUACUGUCACAAUUCAUAAGUGCAUCGCACUUGAAAAAAAAAAAAACUGUCGCAUUUUGUAAUAACUGUCCAUCGCGCUUUGCCUGAAUCAGCUACUGUUGUCGCAAUUUGCAAUAAUUUCAUCGCAAUCGGGCAUUUUUCAGAAAACUACUAAUUCUUUUUAAAGUCGACUUUGAUGUAAAACGUGUACAUGUGAAAAGGAAAAAGGUAGUUUUUAUUUGUUGAAAAAACUCGACUUUUCUACGAAUAUUACUAAGCGAACAAAGAGCAGCUAAAUCAGAGGACAAUCAUGGCAUGUGCCCUUUGUGGGGCUAAUCAUAGCCUGCGUACACAAGCGGGCAUGGAAGUAGUGGACACAAGAAAAAUGGGCGCGCGAGAAGGGACACGCGCGCCCAGUCGUUCUAACUUUUUCGCCCACUAACCAAAAUUCCAGGCGCCUGAUACGCUGGCUCAGGCUAAUCAACCAAUUUUCGAUCUCAAACUGCAAGUUCAGUGUAAAUUCACUAAAACUUGAGUUGGCUUCACCCAAAGCAAGCAGCUUGAAAACGCUUUUAAAGGUAGUUUCAAUUUGAAUCACUUGAUUCCAGUGUUUUACCUUAGUUUUUUCUUCGACUAUAUAAAGAAUUUUUUUCAUAGGCAAUGCAAGUUCAGUGUAAAUUAUUCCAGUGUUUUACCCUAAAACAGGUGUUGGCCUCAAAACCACCACUUGAAGCUUAAAUAAUCACUUAAUUCUAGUGUGCAAACGUAGUUUUUGCCUCGUACACGCCCAACAGAAAACUCAAAUAGUAGAUAAACCUCAACUUUAAUUAAGCAGUUUAGUUGUACCCGAGAUCUGAAUUGGACAUGUUUCCUGUAAUUUACUGCACCGGCAUAGUCUAAAAUCUGGAGUGGACCGUGGACUCUGGAGUCUGGACUCUGGAUAAAAAAGAAAUAAGCUGAAAAAAAUGACCAAAAAAAAUUAUAGCCAAAAAAAGAGAGAGACAAAGAAAAGCUAGUGCGUAAGGGGUUAUAAAGCUAAGCUUUUACUCCCUUAUAAAAUGUCCGCUUAUAUGCGCCCCCUUGUACCUGAAAAACACCAAAAGACACUUUCGAUAGCAAGUCUCCCCGGAUAUAAGCCCCUGCAUCUUGUCUAGCUUGUAUUGAAAUGAAUACGAUUUUUUAGAAGGGGCUUUGAGGCUUAAAGAAGCGAGUUAAGUUAAACAGAAACCCAUAACCCAAAUAGUAUUUUGAUUAGCACUUCUAAGCACAAGCUGUCAGUCACACAUGUCACAAAUACGAUUGCUACCCUUAAAAAUCAUGAAGCGUUUGCAACGGAAAAUAGCUUUUUGAAGUCUUCAAAGAAAUCGCCCUAUGGAGUCCUCAAACUCCGAUGCGUAGUUUCUCCAGCCCGUAAUUUAGAGAGGUAAUUUAGAAAAUGUUCAUCUAUGCUUUCUUCAGAACCUUGGAACCGCUGCACAUCUUUAGUUGGCUUUCAUAUCCUAGGUGUCAAUUGGCCAAGUGUGGUGUAGAUCAUACUUGGCCGCGAACUUCAGCUUCUUUGAGCUACAAAACAGACAAAAUAAUGUUUCCAUGGUCACUAAGUAAAGUUAAAGUGACCCUCAAAGUAGAUUUCAAGUGCCCUUAGAUUAUACUUACAAGCUCUAGUGUGAAGUCAAUGACAGUGUUCAAAGCGAAGAUUUGAAAGCACUGGCUGGAUAUAAAUUGAAAGGCAAAAAAGAUCUCCUCUUACAAUUUUCAUUUUACGUUUUCAGUCCAUUUUUAUGUGAAUAUCAUUAACUCGGGAACCUGCAAACCCAUACGUAUAACUCCGCCGCUGGGUUCGCAGGCUAUUAGCUUGCCUCGAUAAAGUGUAGCGACAAAACAGAUGUCAUAUAACGCUGUUUUAAUAUUUAUAAAUUAUUUAACACCUUUUUGAAAUCAGAAAAAUCAAACUGCUAGCGAAAAUAGCAAUCAUAGUAUAGAAGCAGUUUUAAGGAACACAAGUGGUAAGUUUCUAAUCGUUUUUUUCUUCAACUUAGAAUGAUGAAAAUCAUAGUCACCUUAUUUUGUAAUUACAGUUGACCACGACGGGAAUAACGAAUGGUCACUCCUCUCGUCCGAAUCAAAUUAUCCAUGCGCGUGAAUCUCUGAGACUUAUGUUAAACUAAAGCCACCCUCUAUUCAAAGGAGUGAAUCAUUUGGUUUUGUUUCUAGGUAUUAAAAUAAAUUAUUUAAUUUUCCUUUUGCCUUGCUUUCCCCUUCUCCUCUUCCUAACUUGGGUUUUUGUCUAAAUUCAUCUUAGUGCGUCUGUCUGUAACGUAGACCAUUUCGAACGUUAUUCUGCAGUAUGUUUCUUUCAAUUUUAAUAAUUAACAAGCAAUAAAUCCUUUUAUGCUUUUGACUUUGUAAGAUUUGCAGGUAGUCAUAAAACCCCUGGCUUUGCUUUCAAAUGGACUAUUAUUUCUGUUGUCAAUCAAACUAGUCAAUAGACCUUUUUUAAAUAGUUGGGCAUGUAAUCAACUUUCUGUUAACACGAAAACAAUACUUUUGGAACAAAAUGAUUUAAGCAGGAACUAAAAGACCAUAUAAAAAUUAGGUAACCCGUAAAUUUUCAGCGGUAUAUAUCUAAAAAGUAGCGAUUGCAACGGCCGCCAAAUUGAAGGUACCGUAAAAUUCCGAACUAGUAAGCCCCGGGGCUUAUAUUUCUCAAAGGCCCUUUUUGAGGGGCUUAUUUUUGGAGGGGCUUAUCUAUGGAGGGAAAUUUGCGUCUCAAAAUCGAUUGGGCUACCCUCAUAGUUGUAUGUAAAUUUACCAUUUUUGCUUUGUUUUACUUUGUAUUUGAGGGCAAUUUUCCAAUUUCAAGCCCCCAGGGGGCUUAUAUUUGGAGGGGCGAUUUAACGGAGGUUUUUUACGUUACCGGUUUGGGGGGCUUAUAUUUGGAGGGGCUUAUACAUGGAGGGGCUUAUUUUCGGAAUUUCUGCGGUAUUCGAUAUGUAGUGAAAAGCAACUCUUGCCACCCCAGUCGCGGUUCAGGGGCUUCCCAUUCAAAUCUUGAUUUUGACAUUUUCAAACUGUCUUUGAAUCUUUCCCUUGCGCAUUACAGCGUUUCCAACGAACCUGCGCGGAAACCCUUCCUACGCAAGCCAAUACAAAUCCCUCUCAUUUACGGCAACCAUUACAUUUGCUACUUUUGAGAUAUUUUUUUUAAAAAAGAAUUGUUUUUGUGUUUACAGACAGUUGAUCACAAGUCCAACUUUUUCAAAAGGCCUUUUUUUUAUGAAUAACCUUCUUCGAUGCAUGCCCGUAUUAAGAAUCAGCUUGAGAUAUAUUUCUAUAAAAUUUGCUUUUAAUUUAUUUACUUGCUAGUAUUAUCUUCACUUACUUACUAAACGUAUUCAGAAUUAGGAUUAUAAAUCAUCACUCCAUCCCUACAAUUGUCAUUUGAAGUUUAACUUUCAAUAUCCUGGCUUCUUUUGGCAUAUCUACUCCAAAAAUAUACUUCUACCCUAAUUUCCCUCAAAUUUAAUAGUCGCCUUUAGUUCUCCCUAGGGCAUCUGCAGAUAGUUUCAAAUGUGUUUUCUACUAAGCUUUUCUUUACUACUGGGCUAUCAAACAAACAGCAAUUUCAUUUUUUGUGAGAAAUAUAGAUAAUUACUUAUUACUAAAAGUAAGAAAUGUAAAUAUAGUAAGAAAAAUAAAUGUUUUGCAUAUGGAAGAAGCAGACAAUCUUUGCAAGAAAGAUGCACGGAACUGUCCUUUCUCAGCAGAAUUGUCUGCGAAAUAGAAAUGUUGAAAAAUGUAUUCAGAUAAGCCAUAUUCUUCUAUCUCGUAAAUCCAUUAAAGCCUUACAGUUCGUCAAUAAUAAAAAAUUGGAAAUCAAAUAUGGACUGCUGUAGCGCGGAGUGAAAUCGUGAUCUCCCCAAACAAGAAGUAAAGUAAUAAUUAUACUAAUAAAAAGAAAAAAACUGUGAACUCGCAACGAACUGACAUGAAUGAUGAAUGAAAUGUAUAUAAAAAUGUUUUCAGGGUAAUAGGCUCCUUACGUUUUACAUGUUGUUGAACAUCUUGAAAAGUAUUUCUGGUAUUGAAAUUUCAACUCGGUGUUUUUUUUAAUUUUUUUUUUAAAGUUAUCUCAUCUUUUAGGCAUGGCUCUCUACCGAACUAUUAAUUAGCAGACAGUGAUUGUUAAUUUUCAGUUUGAGUAUAUUAGUGUUAAGUCAUUAAAAUCUUUCAUGAUUCGUGUAAACAAAGAAGCUUUGAUCACCCAGUCUGACUAGUUGUGUCGGCUGAAAUAUCAACUUGCUUGACAUUUCUACUAGUCCGCUUAAAAUGCUUGACCUGUUAGUGUCUUUUUCUUGAAGUUUUAGUAAAUGCUUUGUAAGGGGAUUUGGCGUUUCAUCAAUCAGGAGCAUCAAUAUAUACUUUUUUAAAAAAAACUAAUUCGUGCCCCGGUUUCCGUUCAGUUUUGCGUUUUCUACUAAGACCUCAUCCACACGUACUGUAUCCUGUUAUUUUUGAACCAGGGAAAUUUUAAUUUUUCUUGUCUGUUUUCAAGAAAAGUAGGCAUCCACUCGACAAAUUAAUUGAAACUGAAUAAUUUUGCUACCAUGGCAACGUGACGUAGCGACUUAUAUAUAGCUUAUAACCUCCCCUAUAGAGCGUGCUGUGUACGAUGUAUGACAUCAUCGUGUUCAGAAGCCGCGUUUUUGUCCGUCCACACGAAAACGACAAUCCGGCGGCGUCAGGAACGCGUUAAAAGAAAAAAAAACCCUCUGUAAGAACAGUUCUCAAAAACCUUCGUUUUUGCUGCCCAAAAGUGCCUUUAAAGUGUGGACAGAAGGCUAAAACGGGGGAAAAAAAUUCCUCCUUUUCAAAAAUAUUCGGAUACGUGCGGACGCGGGGCCUUAUUAUCCUUAUUUUACAAUUAAACUGUCAAGUUUGGAAGCACUUAACAGAUUAGUUCUUAUUUAAAACUUGAAUUUUAACUAUCAGUGUUGGAAUAACCAUCUUUCUUGUGGUACUACAAGCAACUGAGCUCGUUUAUCAUUAACACAUUCGCAGGAAUUGAAGGCGAUAGCAGCAAAAGUGUAGUUUUAAAUAAGUAAAUUGUAUUGCUUCGGAAAAGGUUCUAUUUUUCACUCUACUUUUGAAUAUCUAUUUAGUCAGCUGCUCCAGUUAGGUUUCCAUAUGUGGCCUCGAUUUAUCAUGGAAUUAUUUCAUUGGUUGUCUUUAUAAUGCUGUUAAUUAAGUGACAUUCCUUAUACAGCCUUGGUGAACACAAUUGAAGUAUAUCUUGUGAAUAAUAACCGAUAGCAGAAAUAAUUCAAAACUGUAAGUACCACGAUAAUAUGCGAUAUUACUGGUAAAAAUGUCGCUCCCAUCCUUUUCGCUUCACACUUCAAAUUCUGAAAUUCACCUUCGCUACAAAAUAUAUAGAAAUAUAGCAAAAAUAUUCGUAUCCAAAGAGAAUAAUGGGUCCACUGGACUUUUAUAAUCUCUUACUCGCUUUCUAUUACAUAACAAAAUCAUUAAUGGCUGUGAAAAGAACAAGAUCGAUGGAGAAAAAUUUCCCGGUUAGUGCGAAAAUGUUUAAUCCUAUCCAUACAAUAGCUUUAUCGGUACAUAGAAUGUGUGUUUUAGCUACAAAUAGAUGAGCGGUUAAAGGUUUCCACUUUAUCCCAUUUUUCUGGCAACACCACUUAGGAGAGAUUAUCUUUUUCGUCUUGUUAUGGAAAGUUUAACUGCAAGCAAUAUGAGAUCAGCGAGGGCCUGCCUACAUACUUAUCCUGAAACCAUUCCACUGGUUAUCUUUAUACUGAUACCAUAACAAUUCCACCCUGAUAAAAAGAGAUUGAAGUAUCUUCUGAAGUGUAACAUACAACUUGACAGAAACAAAGUUCAGCCAUCAUGAUAUUGAACAAAAAGAUAUUACGUACGUUGACGAUUAAAUCCACUGGCAAAAAACUCACUAGCGACCUUUUUUCCCUCACAAUUUAACGACUGACAUUUGUUAAUGUGCUAAUGUUAUAAUAUAGAAUACCAUCAUUUUUUCUUUGAUCACAGACUUAAUUUGUUAGUAGGGGUGAUAAGAAAAAACAUUAACGGGCAAAAUCUCUCUAAGUGCGAAAUGGUUUACUGUGUUAAGCUAAUCUGAUCUAAAUUUGCAUGUGUCAGGUGUCUUUGUACAACAAUAUAUGUGCGACGGUUGGUUUUCGCUUUUUGCCACUUUUGGAACAUCUUUGGGGGAGAUUAUUUGUCUGUCGACCAGUCAUGGAAUACCAAAAUUACACCAACGCGACGUCGGAGAGAAUCUGCCCGCAGGCCUCGACUUUGGUGAAAUGCAUCAAAACAGUCGCUUACUCGUCCAUCAUGUUAACUUCGCUGCUUGGAAACUUAGCUGUAAUUGCAAUCGUGUCAAAAAACAAAAGGAUGCGGACGACAACGAAUUACCUGAUCGCUAACAUGGCCGCUUCUGAUCUAUUAAUCUCUGCCUUCGCAGUACCACGAGAACUCGCGGAAAUUUUUGCUGGUUCAAAGAUAUGGCUUCUCGAUGGCUUAGCAGGCUCAAUAUCUUGUAAGCUGGUCUACUUUCUCCAAGACAUUUCAACGGCAGUAUCUAUACAAAGCCUGGUAGCCAUAGCAGUUGACAGAUAUCAGGGAGUCGUCUUUCCAUUCCGUCCUCCAGUUAUUACAUCCAAGGUCUGUAAGGUAAUAAUUGUGGUUAUUUGGAUGGUGGCGAUGGGUCUACACGGAACUUAUUUCUAUACCGCGCGGCUGGUAAAGACAGGCCAAAAGUGGUCCUGUACUUUUUGCUGGGCACCGAAGUUUGAAGAGCAUACACAAGAACGAUACUUUCUUUUCGUUUUCAUCUUUUUAAUUUUCUUUCCCCUAAUUGUGAUUCUAACUUUAUAUGCACUGAUAGUUAUAGAACUAAAGAAAAAAGAUCCUACCGAAAAUGGGACAUCAAGAAUAAGGCGACAGAGGCAGAAAGAAAACAGAGCCAUUGUCAACAAGAUAUUGAUCAUUGUCUUUCUGUUCAUCUUGUGCAUUUUUCCAAUAACUAUUUUAGCACUUGUUCAUUAUUUUUUGAUGGAUGGGCGAGAUACAUGUGCAACGAGAAAACUAUUUACAGCCAUGAAAUUCUUGCUUUAUUUGAAUGCUUCUUUAAACCCGUGGGUUUAUAUAAUAUUAAAUGAAAGGUAUCGGAAAGGAUUAAAAGUUUUAGUU